CUACUGGCCAACGUGAACAAGUGGAGCUUCAACGUAUUUGUACUGGAUUGGUUUACUAAUGGCCACAGCUUCCCUUAUUUGGUGACUCACCUCUUCCACACGUACAAUUUCAUCAGAACAUUCAAGCUAGAUGCUCUCAAACUCUACAGGACCAUACGUCUCGUAGAGCUGGGCUACUGCAAGACCAAUCCAUAUCACAACUCGCUUCAUGCUGCUGAUGUUGUUCAGGCUAUUCAUUGCAAUCUCCUCGAAGAAAAUAUCUACCCACACAUGACGUCAUUAGAAAUGAUGGCAGCCAUCUUGUCAGCGGCCUGCCACGAUCUUGAUCACCCUGGCGUCAACCAAAACUUUCUCACUUCAUCUUCGCAUUACUUGGUCUCCUUGUACAAUGGUGUAUCGGUCCUGGAGAAUCACCAUUGGAAGGGCACCAUCAGCAUCCUACACGAGUCUCAAGUGUUCCAACACCUUCCCAGCCAUCAGUGGAAGCGCCUAACGUACCUCAUUGAGAUUCUCAUCCUGGCAACAGACAUCAGCAAACAGCAGGAGAUACUUCGAAAGUUCAAAGUCGAUCUCACGGACAAACACGUACACUCACACAGACAUAAACAAACUAUCGUACAAAUAGCAUUGAAAUGUGCCGACAUCUGCAACCCAUGUCGAUCAUGGAAGGUCAGCCGCAAGUGGAGCCAGCUGAUCUGCGAGGAAUUUUUCAGACAGGGGGACAGGGAGAAAGAUUUGAACCUACCUCUAACCACUGCUUACGACAGAACGCAAUCGACCACCGCCAAAAUUCAAACAGCAGGUUUCAUGUCGUUCAUAGUUGAGCCGCUCUUCAUUGAGUGGGACAAGUUCUCUCCGUCGCACCGAAGCAAGCAGAUGCUUCUCAACCUGAGGUGCAAUCGCGUGAAGUGGGCGGAGAUCGAAAAGAAGGAGAACGAGGAAGUGGAUGGGAGCAUCAGAAGACAAUCCAACACCACUCUCGUUUCC